AUGGAGACGGUGGUGCCGGAAUACGAUGACAUUACAUUUAGAAGAAUGUUCAGACUAAAAAGAUCCUCAGCAGAGGUCAUCCUCCAAAAAAUUGGAGAAAGACUAACCUACGAGGAACCACUCCGAGGAAGACCUCCACUUUCUCCGGAAAAACAGCUGUUAAUAGCAUUGUGGUACCUUGGCACCCAAUCAACUGUCGUGGUGACAGAUGAUAGAUUUGGCGUUACGGAUUUCAGUUUUAGAGAUAUUAAAGGUUUUCCUGAUGUUAUUGGGGCACUGGACGGAACCAACGUCCACAUAACACCUCCCACAAACCACCCGGAACAGUACAUUAAUCGAAAGGGGUUCCAUUCUCUGCAGCUACAGUGGGUUUGUGAUUCUAAUUUACUAUUUAUACAUGCUUAUGUAGGAUGGCCAGGGAGUGUCCACGAUGCUCGCGUUCUUAAGAAUUCGGAUCUGUGGAACAGUGGUCCACAACUGUGUGAAGGAAAACAUCUUAUCGCCGACUCGGCAUACCCACUUCAAGAGUGGUUACUUACACCUUUCCGACGUGUUGGAAUACUGACAAGGGAACAAACUAUAACAUUGCUUUGUCAACUACACGGGUACUAA